CUCUCGCGUCGCCGCAGUCGCGCCGAACGCCAUCCACGCUGAGCCCGCGCGUGGUUGAGCCCUUCCGUCCGUCCGGCGCUGUGUGAGAGGCCGCGUCGCAGUGCCGUGACUCCUUGCCGCGAGUUCUCCGGUUUCUCCUCGAGGGAAAAAGGGUGUUGGAGGAGUCCGUUCGGGAAGCGAAUGGGGCUCCGGUCGCGCGUGUUUCGGGAGGCGUGGCUUGAUUGAGACUGAAGUGUGAAUCUGCGGAGAGAGGUCGACUGAUCCGCCAGAGAAGACUGCUUCGCCUCGGCUGGGGUUAGCUGGACUCUCGCCUUAGUUCUUCUUCAGCAACCUCCCGCUUCGCCCGAGGACAGAAGCAUGGACGGCGAUCCCUCCCCGCGAGUCGGACACGGCCCUCACCCGACCCUGAAGGAGGGCCUGGAGGAGGACGACGGACAGCUGGACGAUUUACUCUAUGGCGCCUACCGAGUCGUGUUGCCCUUGGUGAUCGUGGGCGGGAUCCUGGUGACGACCCUCAGCCUGGUGGUCCUUACGAGGCCGAGGCUGCGAGCCACGCAUGUCAACACGUACUUCCUGCUGCUGGCGUCGGCCGACCUCGUCAUCUUCGUGGUGAGCGUCGCCACCGUCGUCACGCUCAACGGCUGCGAGCUCUUCUCCUACGCCUUCGCCCUCUACUUCGCCCACUUCUUCUUCACGCUCUUCUACAUCGUGCAGACGUUCAGCAUGUACGUCAUCCUGUGGAUCUCGUACGACCGCUUCCUCGCCGUGUGGGACUUCAAGCGCUUCCACGAGAUCCAGAAGCCCGGCGUCCUGCGCGUGCGCCUGGUGGGCACGCUGCUGGUGUGCGUCCUGAUCCACAUGAAGCACCUGUUCGAGGUCGAGAUCAACUGCGUGGACGAAGCCAACCAGGUGGUGGCGGCGCCGGGGCCCUGCGGCGGCGGCGGCGACGGCGACGGGGUGUGGGUCAUCAACGACGGCCUGCACUUCCUGUACCGCAAGGCCCUGUGGCGCCAGGUGUUCUGGGUGGUGCGCGGCCUGCUGGUGCUCGUCAUCCCCAUCGUGCUGGUGGUGGUGUUCAACGGCGGCAUCGUGGUGGCUCUCGUCUGCCGCCGCGCCAGCAGCACGGCGGCGUCGGUCAGGACGCGCGGCCGCGACCUGUCCCGCAUCUACACCAUCCUCGCCAUCGCUGCCACCUUCAUCGCCUGCACCGUGCCGUCGCUCGUGCACGCCACCUUCUACGCCGAGAACAUCGUUCGCUGCCACGGGCCCUACGGGGAGGAGGUCCUUCGCGCCGUCGCCAACCUUCUGCUGCUGGUCGAGCACGUCACGCACUUCGUCAUCUUGUCCUUCUGCGAGCUCUUCUGGGCGGAGCUGAGGCGCGUCCUUCGGAGCGUCCGCCACAGCCUGAAGAGCGGCGCGCACAAGGUCGCCUCUGCGCCUUCUCGCUGGCUCGCUCCCGCGGCGCCCCCGGGCCCGCCACCCCCGCCUUCCGUCCCUCCGCGGCCGGACUCGGUCGUCUCCGCCUCCGUCUUCGUCAUAUCGCAGCCGGAAAUCACGAUCGACGUCCAGGGCCCCGCGGCGGACGGAGGGGCGCACCCCUCUGCCGGCGGCGACGGGGCCAAGCGGCAGGACUUCCCGCAGACGACCACCUCGCUCGCCACGCUGAAGCUGCCCUCAGGGAAGUCUCCCACGGCCUCUAUGGUCACUCUGGAGGAAGAUCUCUGAAACGUGUUUUACCUGCUGACAUGAAUAUGCUUAUUUAUUACCGUUCAAUAUUUGACAAUGUAAAUCUUUCAGAACGUCAAUCACGAUGUUCCUGUGCUUCCUACGUUUACUUCUGAGAAGUAUUUAUAAUCUGGAAGUGCUAAAUAGUUUUAGCACUUGGUCUUUCUGUUAUCUCUCACAUACGCGCCAUUCCUCCAUGGGCCUUGUCGACGGCAGUGCACUGGCGGAUCUACAAACUAAAUUGGAAUGGGGGAAGGGGGGGGAGGGAUUUUGAAAGGGCGCCCUGGGGGAAAUUACGGAAAGCUUAAGUUAUAUGCACCAGGAAGAGAAAAUAUGUAUGAAGUAAAGCAUAUUACUUUAUCAUCUGAACAAUUUGGGCAGCUCGUGAUAGGAACUAAAAAGAUUAGGGCAGGGGUUUCUAACUUGGGGGCCGUGGGAUGCUUUCUCAGGGGCAAUGGAGCAGUAUGAAAAGGAUGACUUUGAACUGAACUGCAUUUUGUCUCGCCUACAGGACCCACAGAUAAGAAUCUCCCUCACAUCAAUGAAUUGGGAUUUUUCCGUGUCGUUUUCUUGUCUUAUAGCUGCUGGCAUAGUUACAGUAUUCAUACCUAGUAAUAAUUGUAUCUGAAAAGAUGACAGACACCGAACGGGAUGGUGUUCGUCGAAGGGCACGGAAUAGAAAAGGUCGAGAACUGGAUUUGAGGAAACCGGAGGGAAGGGCUCUUCAGUGGGAGGGACGGCUGCCCCCCCCCCCCUCUCCCUUUCCCACAUCCGUCAUUGCGUCAGUACCGAGAGUUGCCAAAUCUAUUUAUUAUCACUCGGGAAGUGUACAUAUGUAAAUAAAUCUUAAGAACUAUAA